GUCAACUUUUCGGCUCUAGUCCCCAUUCGGAGUCGAUUGUGGCCUUAGUUUUAGUUUAUAUUUAAAAUUAUUAUUUAAUGUAUAUAGCAAAAAAGAAUAGAUUAGGAUUUGUAGGAUAAGAGCGGAAAAAAUCGAUCAAAAGCUGAGAAUUUGUGUGAUUUAAUAACUGGGACGAUUAUGGACGAAUUCGUAGAUAAAAAAUUAAUAUUUUGGAUUUAUAUUAAACACUGAAGCUAGUCAAAGAAUACUUCAUUAGCAUGUGGUGCUGUUACCUAGUCUACAAGAUUAAUUAAAAUCAAACCAAGACAAAUAACCCACAACUUAACCUAAAAUUCUGAGUUCCUGCUUUGAUUUUGAAGUUGUGAUCUUGAAUUACUUUCUACAAGGAUGAAAUCCUUUGACUGUGAAUCGUCCUCUGAAGGUGACGAGCCGACAAUGCACGCCAUCUCUAGGGGCGUGGUAGAACCGCCGCAAUGGUUAAGAAGCGGUAACGCGCCCAAUUGGGGGUGGCAGGCAGCGGGGAGUUCCGUCGCUGGGGCCAGCUCUUCUCACACUAGUGGAUCAGCUGCGGUAGACCAAGUGGGCUUUGCUCAAUUUCCAACCAAUUCUGAAGACCAUCAACAAAUCCCUGGCAGGAGAACACCGCUUAGUACUGUCGGACUGGGUGGUUUCUAUUUUCAAGGUUGUCAGCCCAAUCCUAACAUUGUCAGUCAUGGACCGCCCUCGGAUGAGAAUAAUCCUGACCCUGGGUGUUCCAGUCAAGGCCAAAGACCCCAAGAGUCCCGUUUACACAACGCACAAAGUCAGUCUUCUUCGAAAGGAAAAGGAAGACAAGGCAAAACCGUCCGUUUAAACAUUAAUGCCAGAGAAAGAAGACGAAUGCACGAUUUGAAUGAUGCGCUAGAUGAAUUAAGAUCUGUUAUUCCUUAUGCUCACUCGCCGUCUGUAAGAAAAUUGUCAAAGAUAGCAACCUUGUUACUAGCUAAAAACUACAUUUUGAUGCAAGCUAAUGCCUUAGAAGAGAUGAAGAGGAUUAUAUCGUAUUUGCAGGGAACUUCAGGAGCAGCUGCUAUCGUAGCGCCACCUGGAUUCGACUUGCAAGGAUUUCCCGCAGCAGCAAAAUUCCUGCAACAACAGACACUGCAGAGCGAUUCAUCGAGAGGCGGAGAUGGAGCAACCGGUACAGGAUCGUCCAUUUAAAAGAUUUUGUAUUGAAAAGCUCUCUGCCCUAUUAGUCCAUUCUUUCACGGUUUUUGCUCUAAAUUUUAAAGAACCGCUUGGAUUGACAUGAAAUUUGGCAUUCGUAUAGCUUACAUGUCAAAGAAAAAAAGUGAUAUUGUGCCGAUGUGUGCUUUUGCCCUGGGGGUGACUCUUGCCCCCUUUUGGGGGUGAAAAAGUAUAUGUCCAAAUUAGUCUGGAAAUAGGUAAACUGACUAAUUUUAAGUAACUUUUUUUCUAUACAGCUUUUUCGCCAAGUCAACACUUUUCGAGUUAUUUGCGAGUGAAUGUGUUCAUUUUUCUACAAAAUAACCACAUUUUUAGACGGUUUUUCGCAAAUAACUCAAAAAGUAAGUAUUUUGUCAAAAAAAAGUUCUCAGCAAAAAUAUAGCCUAUAAAAAAGUAAAAAAAAUGGUGUACGCUUUAGGUCUCUGGAUCUCGUAGAACCAGAGUUAUAGCCAAUGAAAAAUAGAUUCAUAUUCACCAAAUUUCAAAUAGAAUAUUUCGACGUGAAAUAUCCAAAAAAUUAAGCACUUUUUGGGGAAGACCCAUUCUAACUUUUUUAAAGUGUUUAAAAAAAGCUUUAUUUCUGUUUUUACAAAGAGUUUCUAGCAUUAAAUUUAAGCAAGUUACGCUCAAAAUAAAGUUGGUCCCUUUUGUUUUUGAAAAAAAAAAUCGGGGAGACCACCCCCUAAUUAGCAACUUAAAUGAAAUUAAUCGUUACCGCUCCACAAAUUAUUUUACUUAUGUUGUGUUUAUAUGAUGCGUAAGUUUCAUCGAUUCAAAGUGCUUAUUUUUGAAAAAAUUUGGUUUCAAAAUAAAAUUUUUUAAAAUAUAUAUUUUGAAAAAUAUGCUUUUUUCAAAAUAACUUAAAAAUUGUUAGAGAUACCAAAAAUCUCGAAAAACAAAAAAAGUCAGAUUUGCUUUUUUGAAUAUCAUGUAUUUUUUUGUUUGUCUGUUAGAGAAAAAUUGAUUAAGAUUUGAUGUUUCUAAAUUUGCAUACAUUCGUGAUCAGUGACUCGUUCAGCCCCUUUUAACUACAACCAUAUAAAAACUUACAGAUCAUAUAAACAAUAUAUAUAGACCAAUCAAGUUAGUAAAAAAUACGCCGUUUUUCGACAUAACUGAAAAGACGAGGUUUGACAGUUGAAA